CGCUAAGCCCUUGGAUUUCUCGUGAGAAGACAGAGAGGGGGGCUUGCGCUGGACCAACAUGGCAUCGACAGAAGGUGCUAACAACAUGCCAAAACAGGUGGAAGUACGGAUGCACGAAAGCCACCUCAAUCCAGUGGAGCCCCGACCGAAGCACCUAUUUGUGCGGAUUUGCCUUUCGCUCAGAAAAAAUCUGCUUCUCUCACUUACUGUAUUUGGUGUCAUUAUGGGUGCAUUAUGUGGGGCUCUCCUUCGCAUGGCAACACCUAUUAAUCCUGAUGUCAUCAUGUUGAUAGCCUUCCCAGGAGAUAUCCUGAUGCGAAUGCUCAAAAUGUUGAUUCUUCCUUUAAUUAUUUCAAGCUUAAUCACAGGUCUGUCUGGCUUGGAUGCUAAGGCUAGUGGUCGACUCGGUACAAGAGCCAUGGUCUACUAUAUGUCCACAACGAUCAUUGCUGCAAUAUUGGGAGUUAUUCUGGUCUUAGCCAUUCAUCCAGGGAAUCCAAAGCUCAAGAAACAGCUGGGGGAAGGAAAGAAGAAUGAUGAAGUUUCCAGUCUUGAUGCUUUCUUGGAUCUUAUCCGAAACUUGUUCCCUGAAAACCUUGUCCAAGCAUGCUUUCAGCAGAUUCAAACAGUCACCAAGAAAGUACUUGUACCUCAAGAGAUUGAAGAACCUGUCAAUGUUACAGACUCCAUCUUUGCCAUGAUGAAUGAAACAGAUGUGACUCCAGAACCCCAAAUUAUCAUUAAGAAGGGCCUUGAGUUUAAAGAUGGAAUGAAUGUCCUGGGUCUCAUUGGGUUCUUCAUUGCUUUUGGUAUUGCCAUGGGCAAGAUGGGAGAACAAGCCAAGAUGAUGGUGGAUUUCUUCAAUAUCUUAAAUGAGAUUGUAAUGAAGUUAGUAACCAUGAUCAUGUGGUAUUCACCCCUGGGCAUAGCCUGUCUCAUCUGUGGAAAAAUCAUUGCCAUCAAGGACUUGGAAGUGGUUGCUAGGCAACUAGGGAUGUACAUGGUAACUGUGAUCGUGGGCCUUCUCAUCCAUGGUGGGAUCUUCUUGCCUUUGUUGUACUUUGUCAUAACAAGGAAAAAUCCCUUCUCAUUCUUUGCUGGCAUAUUUCAAGCAUGGAUUACUGCUUUAGGCACUGCUUCAAGUGCUGGUACGUUACCUGUUACCUUUCGCUGCCUUGAAGAAAACUUGGGCAUUGAUAAGCGUGUUACAAGAUUUGUCUUGCCUGUUGGAGCCACUAUUAAUAUGGAUGGAACUGCCCUUUAUGAAGCAGUGGCUGCUAUCUUCAUAGCUCAGAUGAAUGGAAUUUCAUUGGAUGGUGGGCAGAUAGUCACUGUCAGCCUGACAGCUACCCUUGCCAGUGUUGGAGCUGCAAGUAUUCCCAGUGCAGGACUGGUGACCAUGCUUCUUAUCCUCACCGCAGUAGGUCUUCCCACGCAAGACAUCAGCUUACUUGUUGCUGUAGACUGGCUCCUAGACCGAAUGAGAACAUCUGUCAAUGUUGUGGGAGACUCCUUUGGUGCUGGCAUUGUAUAUCACCUCUCCAAGGCAGAGUUGGACAACAUUGACGCCCAUCAUAAAGGACACGAAGAUAUUGAAAUGACCAAGACUCAGUCCAUUUAUGAUGACCUGAAAAACCACAGAGAAAACAACUCAAACCAGUGUGUUUAUACAGCUCACAACUCUGUCAUAAUAGAUGAGUGCAAGGUAACUUUGGCAACCAAUGGCAAAUCUGCAGACUUCAAUGCUGUUGAAGAAGAACCUUGGAAACAUGACAAAUAAGGGAGAAGCAAUCCAGGUCCAUCUUUAAUAAAGCCCGGAAGUUGUCUUCUGGUAAA